UCCAACCGCAGCAUGGUAACUGCAUCCAUCAAUAACACGUGGACGCAGUAGAGUCUUCCUUAAGCAGUGACUGUCUGACGUGGUGUAGUAUGACGGCAAAGCGAGUGCGUACGGUGAUGGCUCUGUUCACUUUCGUAUGAUAACGAGCUGAGCGGUCCUUAGCGGGUCUUCGUGUUCGGGGUUACGUCGCUUUUAUAUGUUCGGAGUUCGGGUUCAAACAACAGCAAAGAAGGGAGAAAAACGUAGAUGUGUCCCGUGGUAGCGACGGAAAAAACAAGGCAGGUACGUCACGGCAGUUGAAUUGCACUCGGCAGGAUGUCGCUGCCUCAAAGUGACGUGAAGGAACGACGUCGGAAGCGUUAUUUGACCCCUCAAAGUUCGGAUGAUUUACCGAAGUCAACAAGGUGUGCUUUACCGCCUGUUUCCUUUGAGGCACCGUCCACCGACACCACCAGACAUGAGUAUUUGUAUGCCUUGCCGACCGGACAACAGACGGAAGACGCUUACAUGGCUUUCGACAGCGGCGAGGAACACUCGUCAAGCGCUCAGCCUGCUCGCGUCAGUGACGUCGAUGAUUUGUCCAGCACUGUAUCAGCGCCCCUACACUUAUUCUCGGUCCUCUCCGGGGAGCAUAUGACAGAACACUCUCAAGAAACUGAAUCAAGUGAACUGAGCGACGGUAAUCAGAGAAAGCUUCGUCCCGACAAGCCCCUCACAGUGAACGAUGUAUUGCUGUUGAUAACACAAUUUUCGAUAAGGCAUGGGUUAUCCUGGAAGGGGACAGGAGACCUGCAAAAGUUGGUAAAUGUUGUGCUACAAGAACCUGUAAUCCCGGAGUCGUUGCACAUGUUUAAGAAAGCGUGUGCAACCUCCGAAUAAAAAAUGGUGUACCACUUCUACUGUCCAGACUGCGUGACUGCCCUGGGACAAUCGCGGGCCUCUCUGAAAGAAAGAAAAGAACUGAAGCUUCAGUGUGGACAGUGCAAAAAGGAAUAUACAGGAAUGGAGCUCUCAAAUGGAGGCAGUUUUUUUGUAGUCUCCCCAUCAAAGAACAGCUCACAUCUCUGUUGCGAAUCAGGACAGUGUCAGAAAAGUUGCAGGAGUCCUUAAACCGGCUGCAGCAGAGCUGUGAUGAACCUGAGGUGAUGAAUGACGUUGUGGACGGAAGACUGUACCGCAGUAUACGUAACAAGGUCUGCAGCGAGGCUGACAUCACUGUGACAAUGAACAGCGAUGGGAGUCCAGCCUUCAACUCUUCAAACUACUCCAUAUGGCCUAUUCAACUGACAAUUAAUGAACUUCCUCACAGUCUUAGAACAUCCAACGUCCUGACCGCAGCACUGUGGUACGGCAAGGAGCACCCAAACAUGAGCCUUUUCUUAGACGCAUUCGUCAAAAAACUCAACAUACUUUCGGAGGAAGGCAUAAAAUGGACAAGUGUGUCCAGAGAAAUCACUUCUAAGGUGUUCUGCGUAAACUGUUGUGCUGAUGCGCCGGCCAGGGCUGCCAUGCAACACAUGAAGCAAUUCAACGACCAUUACGGUUGUGACUGGUGCUUACAUCCAGGAUUCACCCUCGCAGGAUCGUCAGUCGUGAAAUACAAGGCGGACCUGCUUGACGUCCACGACAGGACCCAUGCCACGAUGGUGGAAGAUAUGAAGGCUGCUGUGACAAGAGGACCAACCAAUGGAGUGAAGGGCCCGAGCCCACUGAUCAACCUUCAAGGCUUUGAUAUAGUAUGGGGUUUCACCCCAGACUAUAUGCAUUGCGUCCUGUUAGGGGUCACAAGGCAGUUCUUGCAGAUAUGGCUGGAAAGUCCUGGGGAGCCAUAUUAUAUUGGAAGGCCAAGAGACCAAGCCAUUAUAAAUGCAAAGUUAUGCAGCAUAAAGCCCCCCUCCAAUUUUUCACGGCCUCCCCGUUCUCUGAGCACUUACAGGAAUUGGAAAGCCUCGGAAUUCCAGAAAUGGCUCCUUUACUACAGCCUUCCUUGUGUGGAAGGUGUGCUGAACAGCAAGUAUCUGGGCCACUUCAGACUUCUUGUGUGUGCUGUGUACCUGCUGCUGAAGCAGUCUGUGUGCAUGCGUGAAAUCAACAGAGCAACAAAACUUGUGGUGGAAUUUGUUUUAAAGACACAGAAGUACUACGGGGAAAGUCAAAUGACUUUCAAUGUUCACCAGCUUUUGCACCUACCCAAAAGUGUUGUCAAUUUCGGUCCUUUGUGGUCCCAUUCAUGUUUUUGUUUUGAAUCGAACAUGGGUACACUUCUACGCUUGAUCAAGUCAUCAAAAGGUGUGCCACUCCAAAUAUCAUCGACAGUGAUGAUGCAGAACCAGACAAGAAAGAUGUUGGAGCAUGCUUGUUCAUCCACAAAGGAGUAUUCCGAAUCGUUACAUGGGGAGCCUAGUCUCUUCACUGGUACUCAUUUCUUAGGAAGUGGACAGGAAUUCGACAUGACACCACACCUGUCAUUAAUCAACCGUGUAUUGGGAUACACUCCAAGCUCUGCCACCGAGUAUAGCCGUGUCAGCAUUGGUGGAUUCGUCUUCCACAGCAUGCAAUACAGCAGGCCAAAAAAGACUGGUAACACCGUACUGCUACUAAGUACACAGAGGGACCUUGUGCGGAUUGAGCACAUUAUACGCUUUAAUGAUAGCAGAUGUUGCCGUGAUGUGUACACUAUUUCGAGACGCCUUACUGCUGAAAUUGCCCUUGCAACAGACCACAUCCACAGUGUAGACCUGUUGCCAGUUUUCAGCAUGUACAGCCUUGACAGCAGUGCCACGCCUUGUGUGUACAUUGAUUUCAGAGACAAGAAGUAUGUGUGCCAGAUGCCGAGUAUGUAUGAACGUUCCUAAAUAUUUCGUGCCUUCCUUACCAUUAUGUUCAUUAGAUUCAAAUAUGUGCUUUUGUCAAACCACCCUUGUUUGCUUCGAAUAUUAAUGGUUAAUAAACAAGUAUCUUGUCAAAAAUUGCUAAUAAGUUAAGCAAACGCAUUAAAGGUGUUGUGACACUUUGAUGAAUGCGUUUGCUGCUUUUGUGUGCAAGUAUAAUCCAGUCGUAUAUGUCAACAGUUUCAUUAGAUAAAGCUACAGAUUAUUAUUAUAAUUUUCUUACAAGCAUUGUUAGAAACUGCUUAGUUACUGUGAAUGAAGUCUGUAUCUUUUGCAUCAGAUGUGUGUCAGUUUAUAUACUGGGAAUACUCACAGUGUGAGCGACUGCUGAACUAAAUGCAUUCUGACGAGGAAAACUAGUUAUUUGAAUAUGAGAGAACUGAUGUUCUGAGGCUGGACUUCCAUUUUUCACAUCGUAGCUACUUUUCACGUUUACUUUAUUGGCACUGGUAACGAAGGCUGUGCUCUUGUGUGGCAGAGUAUUUACACUGAAGUUUGACAGCCAAUUACCACGUGCAGAAGUCCUGAACUGAACAACAUUGCAUGCGCAGUAACAGGUGACAGCUCAUUUAAGUAUAUCAUAGUGACUCUUGUAUGUUUGCUUUCGCCGGCACGUGUUGUUAACAGCUAUAUGCAUCUUAUAAACAUAAAGUUAACUAUAGUUGUGGUGAUAGCCACAUAAUAGAUGUGAAAAUUCUGUGUUGCCAAACAUGUUGAUAAAGCACAUAUGACUUUUUAGUGAACAAUAAACACAACCUUGUUCCUGUCAUUAACAAUACCUCGAGCGUGUCCAUGUGUACAUUGAGCGGAUGGCAGGCUUGGACUGGGCUGUAACCUUUCCAGCUGGACCACCAUGAUUUGUGAGUGUAAGCUGCCUGGUUCCACAGUGUAAAUUUGACUGGUUCUACAUCCAGCAUGGGAACAGCACUGGCUAGCAUGGUUCAAGCCUGGUUCUAUAUAUCCAGGCUUGUUCCAUGCUUGACCCAGGCUGAUUUUUUUACUAGGGGAAGCCGGUUUUCAGCUCGCCGUUUGGCAAACUUUGCCGCCGCGCACAGCCAAAAUAUUUCGUGUGUGGCUUGGAGGCAUAUUGUACCUUCGUAAUAGAUGCAAACGGAAGAUUUGUCGAACUUCUGGUCAGAGUCCCUUUAAAGUAUGCCCUUUCCAUUUGUAGUGCCCCGUAUGCUAUGACAUUAUGAAUAGGCUGAUAGUUUUUUCAGUAUGACUAAGGAAAACCUCAGGUACAUUUUGUGAAUUGGAUCUAUGUUUUUGUGUGAUCUGUGCUGUGUGCUUUGGUUAAGUUUGCAAAAGGAAUAUUUGCUUAUUAUAAUUAAGAUUACAUAUCUUCCAUUGUGUUUAUGCAUAGUGCUCAUAGUAUAGUGGUUAAACAUUCCUGAUGACAGUUGUGUGACUCGAUUCUCCCAAAAUCUGUUUGCGUUUGUGUGCCGCGUGUUACGAUGAUUAGAAUUGUAGACUCCGUCUGCGCGUCUUGCUUGCAAAAUCCUUCACUUGCAUCGCGUCAUUUGAUAAUAGAUUCCUUUCAACAUAUAUUGUCAACUCUCCAACUCUUUGAGAAAUAUAUACACUGUGCCAUUUAAUUCGUAAAAUAUGAUAAACUUUCGCAAAAGAUUAGUGAUCCUCUUUUGUAAACAAAGAUUGAUGUAACAUGCCUCCAAAUUCCAAUAAGCGAUUCUUCUUCUACAAUUCUAUCCUUCGGAUGUCGAUGGUGUACAGAGUGUAGUCGUGUAAAACCUCUUUGAUUGUCAGCGCUGAUUCCAUGCGAGGAUUCUUGUACGUAGUGUGGAAUAAUCGUCUCCUUAGCAAACAUUGUGUUCAAUCUAGCCAUACUAAUCAGCUGUUUUCGUUGCGAUGUGUAGAAUACAUUACAUUGAUGACAAAUAUUACAUUUAUUAUUUCAGUUACACACUUGUUUAUUUCGAUAAAUUACAGUUGUUCAAUUCCAAACUCUGAAGUUUUCUUUUGUUGUCUUGAUUGAUGAAUUCCGAAGACAUCAAAUAGUUUAGUUUUAUUAUUGGGCGCCUGAAUCCAGCGUUGAUUAAUGCAGGCGAUAUGUUGUCCCAAGGGGAAAAACAAUGUCGGCACAAAGUCGGCACAAUGUACAGUCUCAGACUAAAAGUUGUCGGCCCGACCUACGUAAAAGUGACCGGGCCAGGUCGGGGAUUGACAUUGGCCUAACGUGGCCGGACUUAAUCUGCUGGAGGUUCCGCCAACGUAUAUGGCCGACCUAAACGACAUAGGGCUAAGGAAGUGCCAGCAAAAACCAAGAUUGGUUGCAGCUUGGAGUCUCCCUGGCUUCACCUUAGCCAGCAAUCUAUUUUUAUUGAUGGGCCGAACGUGGGCCCCAGAGUCAGAGAGCAGUAGGCACGACGAUGGAUAGACGUUAUUCAUUCUCAAUUGUCUCGCAGCGUAGAGUAACAAUUUAUCAUCCUUUGUUUGUUGCUCGUAUUUCCCACAACGGACAGUAAGCACGCCGUUUUAGAGCACAGAAAUUUCCCACAAUGGAACGGCGUUUCAACGUGCAAAAAAUAGAAUCACAAAAGCUCGCAAUAUGCCCGAGACCACCAUAAUCAAACUGCUCACAAAGAAAAGCAAUUGCAUUUCUCGUAUUGCUUACUCUAGGAUGGGAAGACGUAAGCAUUUCUUUCCUGAGGAAGAACAGAUUUUAGCUUAUCUUGCGAGCUUCCACAGGUUCGUGUGAGUCAAAAUGAAGGGUGAUGUGUCUAAGUUUAAAUCGACGUGUACACAAACAACACUGAAAUGAGGAAUUUAUGGUCGUAUUAACUCACGAUGAAGAUAACGUCUCUGUUUCUUACUGCUUUUGGUUCGAGACAAUCUCUUGGCCAAUCGAAAGUCGAACUUAUGCAAUGCUACACCAUUCCGCCUUUCCCUCUCCCCAAGGAAAGAUACCGAGAUUGGACCGAGCUUGGCAGGUGCUUGGCCAACGAGCUCGUUCUUGGUACAGGUCUGCCCCCUGGCCGACGGCUUGCCAAAUCUCGCUUUGCCUAUCACUAUGCAACAUUGUGCCAAUGUUGGCUGGCUGAAAGAGUCGUUGGCCAACUGUCAUCCGACUUUCUGCCAUCCGUCAAAGCAUCUUCUUUUUUUUUCUUUUUUUUUUUGUUUCGAGUAGCAGGUGCAUUGUUUUCGGGUUUGUUUGCAGUGCAGGGCCGGCAUUGGCCCUCCUAUAUUAUGCAAAACUCUCAAUAGCACGCCCGCAAAUCGCCGCACAACGUCGUUCGACUGUGAGCAACAUUAUACUGACGUUGGUCCAAGGUGCAGUGGCCGACCAAGUCGCAUGCCGACCACUGGCCAAUGGUUGGCAGUCGCCACUUUUCACUUGGGUAGAGAACAGGAUAUGGUUUAAAUCUCGUGAUAUCUAUCGCUAUUACCAAAAAAAGAGGGGCUGUGCGUUCUUUUUGGUGAAUUUCAUCGCGACGACCACACGAUGUUGGCCAGACGAUGCACGCCAAAGCUUUAAUGACACGUCAACAAGGUGUCAGGGCGUGCUGUGGGGCCAGCGUCCGUUGACCAACAUACUCUGUUAGUGACAUUGGACCAUGCUUGUUUCAAUCAUUCUUGGCCGAUGAAGUCGUUUGCCGACCGACUGCCGAUGGCCGGCCGAUCAUCGGCAGUCGGCAAAUUCCCAUUGGGGUCGCCGCAUUUGUAUUGCUUCAGCAACUUGCACUUCAUUGCAAUGAACUUGCACAGUCUCUUGUUGAUGUUUCAUUUCUUUGUAUGAAGAUUCUUGAAUGGCGUACAAGAGAGUAUUAGAUGAAAACCGUCCAGUGGUCCAACACAAUUGAUAUGUUCAUUGAGUUUCAAUAAGUGAUGAUACAUCAGACCAUGUAUGACAAUAUUGAACUUCUGUUCAUUCGCCAUCAUUGCAAGAACUGGUAGAAGAAAAUAAUUGCGUAGACGCUCUAGUGGAACAUAUCACGUGAUAAGAUUUUUUAUGAACUUUCCAUUUUAACUGUUAGGUGUAACUUCAACAAAUCCGUAAUCAAUCGUGCGAUAUAAACUGCUUCUGUAUGAUAAUUUGAUCUGAUUGCUUGUUUGAUUAAUGCAAUGCCCAUUGCAAUGAUUACAAUUACAUCUGGUCUUGUGUAUUUCAAUUCUUCCUUAGCAAACCUAAAAAACUCCACCAUCAAUCCAAGUGGCCCUUCCGAUGUUGACGUGCAAAUAUUUUUAUAACUAUUCUAGAUUCGGCAUACAAGUUAUUGCGCCUCCAUUUCCGUAAUUUGUACCAUAUCUCUGAAUACGACCAUGUCUCAGACGUAUUGAAAUGCUGUGAUAAUAUAAUAAUUUCGCAGCUCUUCUUUUUCGAAGCUGCUUUUUAUCAUGUCCUCCCAUGACCUAUGGUAGCGAGUACAAAAUCCGUUCAUCUCUUUGCUGAAACUUCCUCGUUUGUUCUGUUUCUAGUGUGCUUCUACACUUAAUUAAAUCAUAUCUGUGCUCAUUUUAUUCAGGUUUAGUAUGGUAUUGAUAUCCCGCUGUGAGAAUUAUGGAAAAUGAUUUACAAAAGAGGCGAUGUGUAAGGAAAAACGUGUGCUUCCAUUGUCUCUCCUGUGCACAAAUGCCACACUAGAGUCUGUCCCUCCCAAUCUUGACUUGGGUGGGGGCGAGUUGAUGGCCUUCAACUACAUUGUGUACCAAAGCCACGGGAGAAUUCCCCUACCCCCUGAGGGCGGAACCUUUACGAAAAUCUACGGGGACCGUAUGGUUAGCGGCUUCCCUCUCUUUUCGAAUCUACUAGUGGGUACUGAAUGAAAAAGACAGGUUUCUUUUGUGUAUUCGCGCUGCUUGUUUAGAAAAGGUUUGCUUGAAUUAAUUACUGCUUUGACUUUGUUUCAGAUGAUCACUCGAUUGAUAUUAAUAAAAAUAUUCUACGACUUGGGAAGGUAUUUCUGAGAUGUGUCUGUUGAUUUUCUCUGUAGAGAACUUUUACAUUAAUUUGCAUUUUAGAUCUGUUGUUUCUUUGUGGCUUCUGUGGUAGAAAUUAUUGUUGCAAAGUUUUCAUAAAAAUUAUGUAAUUUAAUUUGAUUCUCGUUUUUGAAUGAGUAUUGUUUAGAACUAUCAUUGAAUAAACUUGAGUUUCUCUCUUUGCUUCAGAUGUUCACUCGAUUGAUACUUUGUGAGUUGGGAAUUAUGUAUGCAUGAUUUAUUAAGUUCGCAAAGUUUCUCGUUUUGAUUAAGUAAUGUUUCCGCCGAUGGUAGCAUAACAUUUCUCGUUUGCUUAUAAUGUUUGUCUAAAACCAUCUUGCAGUGAUAUUGAUGUCUGUUCAUAGAUUUUGCUUGCUACUGUUUGUUUUGAUGUAAUUCUUAUUGUGUUCUUGAGAAUCGAAUAAUGCUAACGUCUAUUUGCGAUAGUUCAUCAAUAAAAAAUUUAGCCUCUGUGCAAACUUGACCAGUCCUAAGAAUAUUCUUUUUUGGGGGGAAGAAUGUGAAAGAGAGAGAGAGAGAGUCUCCCACUCCAUAGAUUGACAAAGGACGUGCGGUUUCUUCGCUUUGGGCUGUAUAGAGGGAGAGAGAGAAUGACCCCCACCAGGCUCAAGUAGCAAAGAUAGCUUAGCUUAGAUCGAUUAGAGUCUUGGCUGUACUGUUUGUUGGAUACCACCGUCAAGGUAAUCUUUAUAGCGCCUGAGUAGGAUGAAAAUUGUGUAUUGUUCGACUAGAUUAGGUCGCAAGGAUGAUUUUAUCAUAGUUCAAAAGAUAGAUCAUUUCUAUUUCAAGUUAUUAAAUUUAUAAUGUUUCUUGUUUUGAUAAUUUGUUUUGCUAUUAUUUUCCUGCAUGUGUCUGUUGUUUACACGUUGGCGGAUGCGCCGUUUAGAGUGCUUCUCUGCUAUUCAGCGUUAGUUCUGUGCUAGUCUCAGUAUUAAAUUGAUAAGUUUCUCGUUUUGAUGGGUUGUUUUUCAAUUUGCUGCAUGUAUCUUUUGUUUACGUGUUGGAUGAUGCGCCGUUUAGAGUGUUUCUCUGUUCUUCCGCGUUAAGUCUGUGCUGGUCACAGUAUUAAAUUUGUAAAGUUUCUUGUUUUGACAGAUUGUUUUUCAAUUAUUUUCCUGUAUGUAUCUCUUGUUUGGAUGAUGCAUGGGUUUGGCUCCCUAUUAGCAGUUGAUCGUGUUUCUCGUUAUUUCCUUGCAUGUGUGCUAUUCACGUAAUAAGAAACUGAUUAAUUGUGUCAUGUUGGAAUAUUCAACUUAGCUUCCCAUAUUCUUUAAUAUGUGUAUUGUGUUUCUUCUGCUUCAGGUUUUUGGCUGGGUUUUUCUCCCUCAUACAGAGUCAUAACAUAUUUCCCGGCAUUGAUGGCUUUAAUAUAUUGUCACUUGUACUUUUGUGUAUGGCUAUCCUUUGCAUCUCUAUACUUGCAUGUAAACCACUGCACGGCUCUUGUAAGGAAAACCUGUGAAGCUGGCCCAGGUGUGAUGGUAGCAUCGUUUGGGCGUGUUGACAGUGUGCAUGUCUAUACUUGCAUGUAAACCGCUCACCGUGCAGCUGUUGUAGCGGGAAAAAUACAAAUGAAGUCGGCACAGGUUGAAAAAUGUGAAUGAAGUCGGGUCAGGUGUUGUCAGUGUACAUGUCCCUCCUUGCGUGUAAACCGCCCACCGCACAGCUGUUGUAGCGGGGGAAAAUACGAAUGAAGUCGGCCCGGGGUGAAAAAUGUGAAUGAAGUCGGCCACCAAUCACUUUAUAAGAAUCUGAUUAAUUAAAUUUGUGGCAUGUUGUAAUAUUCAACUUAGCUAUUGUGCUUGAACUUACGUACAUCUAUCAGAACUUGUAAUAGCUCCACUAUAGUGCUCACGUAUUGGAAUGUUAGACUUUUUAUAAUAAAACUUGUAAUUUUGAUUGUAAUCAUAUUGAUUAAGAAUAUCUUCUUUGAUUAAAUGUGCUAUUCUAUUUUAGUUCUGAUUCAUUGAAAAUUUGUGUGAUUACCAUUAAUAAAAAAUAUUGUGUUUGAUAUGUGAUACCUCUUCAAUGCUAUUGCCUCAUACCUGUAAUAA